UAUUAUUGCUGUGAAAUAUAAAUAUAUUUAUAUAUUUUUUAUUUAUUUUUUUCAGCCCCCCCCCGCCGCGUUGUCCUUGCAUUGUCAAGCGAAGCCCAUGAAUAAUGCAGACGUUGUCAUCAUACCAUGUGGGUCCUUGAGGCACUUGCAGAGAUGCUGGGCAUGCAGGCGCAUCUCAUGUUUGCUGCUAGGUGGAGCCCGAGUAUAUGACGAGAGCGGCGAUUCUUUGCUGGAUACGACUCAGCCGGUGCGCACAAUGUGCUUCGUGCUGUAAAACGUGCGGUUUGUGCCCUCCUCCCACACCCCCCCACCCCCCUCCCCCCCAAAAAAACCAAACAAAACAAAAAAAAAAACAAAUACAAAUCUGGAUAUCUUUUUUUUUAUUUAUUUUUUUAUUGUUUUUAUUUUUUCAAUUAUUUUAUGAGGCACGUGGGAUGUAAGGCGCGUGGAUGCAACCUUCAUUGUGGUGCACCCCCCACCGGAGCUGGAUAUCGACCUCGUUUUGGAUUCCCAGGAUUCGGAGCUCGCCGCUUGCAAUCGGGAGGACGCGGCUGUCCGGUGACUUUGCGAUGUGGAACCUGAGGACGUCCGAUCGGAUUUAGCAGAGCGUUCGGGACUGAAAAUCCUUCCCGUGCCAAAGUAGGAACAGCAUUCACUUCAUUAGAAUAAAAAGAAUGCUGGGAGGCACCUGAUUGGACGCCAACUGUCCGGCUGGGCAUUUGCAAAUAAGGAGGCUUCGGACAUCAGCGGGUAGCGGUGUGGGUGGCGCCAAAGCAGAACAAGCACACUCUGCUUUCCGACCUGAAGGCCUGAGUGCUGAACUCCAGCGUUAGCAGCGAGCGGUAAGAGGGGGAGGCCAUGUGGACCGCACGCCUGCUAGUCCUCGCCAGCCUCUUUGCUCCAGCCGCUCUGGCCUUCAGCCGCGCGCCCAUCCCCAUGGCGGUGGUGCGUCGGGAGCUGUCGUGCGAAGGCUAUCCCAUUGAGCUGCGCUGCCCGGGCACCGACGUCAUCAUGAUCGAGAGCGCCAACUACGGGCGCACCGACGACAAGAUCUGCGACGCCGACCCAGCGCAGAUGGAGAACACCAGAUGCUACUUACCAGACGCCUACAAGAUCAUGUCGCAAAGAUGUAAUAACCGGACACAAUGUGCAGUGGUGGCCGGACCAGACGUGUUUCCUGACCCCUGCCCUGGAACUUAUAAAUAUCUGGAAGUCCAAUAUGAAUGUGUGCCAUACAAAGUGGAGCAAAAAGUAUUCCUGUGCCCAGGGCUUCUACGUAGGGUAUACCAGAGCGAACACCUCUUCGAAUCGGACCACCAGUCCGGAGCAUGGUGCAAAGACCCCCUCCAAGCCUCAGAUAAGAUCUACUACAUGCCGUGGACGCCCUACCGCACGGACACGUUGACCGAAUACUCCUCCAAGGAGGACUUUGUCGCCGGCAGGCCGACGACGACCUAUAAACUCCCGCACCGCGUGGACGGAACGGGCUUCGUGGUGUACGACGGCGCGCUGUUCUUCAACAAGGAGCGCACGCGCAACAUCGUCAAGUUCGACCUGCGCACUCGCAUCAAGAGCGGCGAGGCCAUAAUCGCCAACGCCAACUACCACGACACCUCGCCGUACCGCUGGGGCGGGAAAUCCGACAUUGACCUGGCGGUGGACGAGAACGGCCUGUGGGUGAUCUACGCCACCGAGCAGAACAACGGGCGCGUGGUCAUAAGCCAGCUCAACCCGUACACGUUGCGCAUGGAGGGCACGUGGGACACGGCCUACGACAAACGCUCGGCAUCUAACGCUUUCAUGAUCUGCGGGGUCCUAUACGUUGUCAAGUCGGUGUACGAAGACGACGACAACGAGGCCACAGGGAACAAGAUCGACUACAUCUACAACACGGAGCUGAGCAAAGACGGCUACCUGGACAUCCCUUUCCCCAACUCGUACCAGUACAUCGCUGCUGUGGAUUAUAAUCCCAGAGACAAUCUGCUUUACGUUUGGAACAAUUACCACGUGGUCAAGUACUCCUUGGACUUCGGCGUGCUGGACAACCGACUCGAGACUUCAUCCUCCGCAAUGGUCUACAUGGACACGACAACCACCACCACAAGGACCACCACGCGGCCCACCACCACCACCGUCACCUUUACAACGGCCAGGACCGGCACAACUAAAACAGCCACCACCACUACAGCCACUACGUCAACGUGGGCGGCGGCCCCCCCGAGGGCCCAGACGCCAGUGGGGCGCCUGGGCACGGGAGAUGACCAACGGUCGCCGCCUUCCUCCAGGUUUCCCAACGUCAGGGUGGAGUACUGUAAUCCUCUGGUCAUGUUGGACAUCUCUUGGCCCAAAACUGGGCAGGGAAUUGUCGCCAAGAUGCCUUGUCCUCCUGGGACCAUAGGCGUGGCCUCGUACUCAUGCAUGGGUCCCGAGAGUUACUGGGACCUCCAGGGGCCUGACUUCAGCAAUUGCACCUCCCCCUGGGUCAACAUCAUCAGCCACAAGCUGAAAGCGGGCGAGACGGCGGCUGUGAUCGCCCGGGAGCUGGCCGAGCAGACCAAGCGCAACCUUCAGGCGGGGGACAUCACGUAUACGGUGAGGGCCAUGGUGCAGCUGGUUGAUCUCCUCGACGUCCAGCUGCGCAACCUCACGCCGGGGGGAAAGGACAGCGCGGCACGGAGCCUCAACAAGCUGCAGAAGCGAGAGCGCUCCUGCCGUUUUUAUGUUCAGGCCAUGGUGGAGACGGUGAACAAUUUGCUCCAGCCACAGGCACAGACAGCGUGGCGCGAACUGAGCGCGGGCGAGCAGCUGCGGGCCGCCACCACUUUGCUGGACACGGUCGAGCAGGGAGCCUUCAUACUCGCAGACAACCUGCUCAAGACUGACAUCGUGCAGGAGAACACUGACAACAUACAGUUGGAGGUUGCACGGAUGAGCACCGACGGGAAUUUGCCUGACCUGAAAUUUCCCCAAACGGGCGGACAGGGCAGCUCCAUCCAACUGUCGGCCAACACGCUGAAGCAGCAUGGAAGAAAUGGCGAGAUCCGGAUCGCUUUUGUGCUGUACAAGCACAUCGGCAUGUACUUGUCCACGGAGAACACCAGCAUGAAGUUGGACAGCGAUGUCAUGGCGGCCAAUUAUUCAGUCAUCGUCAACUCGCCUGUGAUCACGGCCGCUAUCAACAAGGACGCGAAUAAAGUCUACCUUUCCGACCCGGUCAUCUUUACCAUCAGACACCUGCAGCAAUCCAAGGAAAACUUAAACCCCAACUGUUCGUUCUGGAGCUACUCCAAGCGCACCAUGACCGGCUACUGGUCCACGCAGGACUGCCGCUUGCUGGGCACCAACAGGACGCACACCACCUGCUCCUGCACCCACCUCACCAACUUUGCCGUCCUCAUGGCCCACAUGGAAGUCAAGAGCACGGACCCGGUUCACGACAUGCUCCUGGACGUUAUCACUUGGGUGGGCAUCCUCCUUUCGCUGGUGUGCCUGCUGGUCAGCCUCUUCACCUUCUGCUUCUUCCGCGGCCUCCAGAGCGACCGCAACACCAUCCACAAGAACCUGUGCAUCUGCCUCUUCAUCGCCGAGUCCCUCUUCCUUGUCGGGAUCAAUCGGACCGACCAGCCGAUCGCGUGCGCCGUCUUCGCUGCCCUGCUGCACUUCUUCUUCCUGGCGGCGUUCACGUGGAUGUUCCUGGAGGGUGUGCAGCUCUACAUCCUGCUGGUGGAGGUGUUCGAGAGCGAGCACUCGCGCCGACGCUACUUCUACCUGGUGGGCUACGGGCUCCCGGCCCUCGUUGUGGCUGUCUCGGCCGCCGUGGACUACCGCAGUUACGGCACGGACAGAGUUUGCUGGCUUCGCCUUGACACCUACUUCAUUUGGAGUUUCAUCGGACCGGCAACCUUGAUAAUUAUGCUCAACGUGGUUUUUCUGGGCAUCGCGCUCUACAAGAUGUUCCAUCACACGGCCAUCCUCAAGCCCGAUUCCGGUUGCCUGGACAACAUCAACCACCGUUAUUACGACGGAUGCGUUAUUGUAGAGUUGCACUGCUAUCAGGAUUACGAACCGAAGAUCAAAUCGUGGGUGAUCGGGGCCAUUGCGUUGCUGUGCCUGCUGGGCCUCACCUGGGCCUUCGGGCUGAUGUACGUCAACGAGAGCACGCUGGUCAUGGCCUACCUCUUCACCAUCUCCAACUCGCUGCAGGGCAUGUUCAUCUUCAUCUUCCACUGCGUGCUGCAGAAGAAGGUGCGUAAAGAGUACGGCAAGUGCCUCCGUACGCACUGCUGCAGUGGCAAAAGUCUGGAAAGCUCCAUCGGUUCCAAGGGGAAUGCGUCUCGUGCUCCUGGACGGUACUCUGCUGGUUCACAGAGUCGCAUCCGCCGGAUGUGGAACGACACGGUCAGAAAACAGUCCGAGUCGUCUUUCAUGACCGGCGACAUCAACAGUUCGGCGUCACUCAACAGAGGGGCAAUGGCUAACCAUCUUAUACCUAAUGCACUCCUACGUCCUCAUGGCACUAACAAUCCGUAUAAUACAUUGCUCGGGGAGUCGGCAGUCUAUAACAACCCUCUGGGCAUGUACAACGCGCAAGAGCCCUACAGAGAGACAAAGGGAAUUCUGAACAAUGCCCGGGAUACAAGUGUCAUGGAUACACUACCACUGAAUGGUAACCACGGCUACAGCAUCGCCAGCGUCGACUACAUGAGCGACUGCGUCCAGAUCAUCGAGCGGGGCUACAAUCACAAGGAGACCACCCUGGAGAAGAAGAUCCUCAAAGAGUUGGCCUCCAAUUACAUCCCGUCAUACCUGAACAAUUCGGCGGAGCACAACCGCAACCUGGUCAACAAGUUGGUGAACAACGUCAGCAACGGGUCCAAGGAGAGCGGGUACGCGUUGGGACUGCGGGCGGCCGUGGGCGUCAACUCCGAGCACGUCACCUUCGGCGCCCACCCCGACGAUGGCCUGGGCUUGGAGUCCGACGUGCCGCUCUUGCCUCAGAGAGCGCUACUCCCGUCGGACCGCUCGUUCGACCGCUCCAUCAAGCGCUUGCACCAGCCGCCUCCGCCGCCCCUCCCGCUGCCCCACCGCCCCUACUCGGCCGCCCCGACCUCGUCGUCCCGGCGGCGGAUCCCGCAGGAGAACAGCGAGAGCUUCUUCCCCCUGCUUAACGACGAGCACACCGAGGAGGACGAGGGCUCGCCGCCGCCGCCCGCUCACCGCCAGAGAGACUCGCUGUACACCAGCAUGCCCAUGCUCCCGGGUCUCCCCGCAGGCCCCAAGGACGGGGGUGAGGCCAAGAGUCCCGGGGCCAGCUCGGACGACGUGUACUACAAGAGCAUGCCCAAUCUGGGCUCCGGGAACCACCUCCACCAGCUGCACUCCUACUACCAGCUGGGACGCGGAAGCAGCGACGGCUUCAUCGUGCCCCCGAACAAGGACGACCUGUCCCCGGCGGAGCCCCUCCAGGAGCCCUCCCACCUGGUGACCAGCCUGUAGACCCCCUGCGAGGUCUCACCGUUUUUUUUUCCUCCAUCAGUCGUCGGCACUUUGUUUUUAGUGCCGUGUCUCCGAGACUACCGUUGCGGGAGAACUGCGACAAAGGGAGGGGCCAGCUAAAGACGUUUGACCUCCCGCUCCCGCGUUCUGUGUGAAAACCUAAAAAGGAUGUAGUCAGACCCAAACAAAUCCAAACUAUAGACAAGAGACUAUUUUAUGAUACACAUUGAAGUUCCCCCCCCCAAGGAUUUAUUUGGCACAUUUGGUUUGCUGAAGAAGUAAAAGCAAACAAACAAACAAAAAAAUAAUGUGAACGCGUAGCUGCUCUUUACUUUGUCAAGUAAUAAAAGGGAGGAAAAAAAUGAUUCUAUGUAAAUGUACAGAUAACUAGCUAAGCUUUUGUUUCGGACGACCGACCCCGUGUCUCUGUUGUACGUGUGAGCAAUUUUUGUUCCCCUGUUCUUUUGUCACACACACGUAAAAAACAAACAAAGAACAUUACGUAAUUUGUGCAACGUCUUUGUUUUCAGGUCUACUUUUGUUUCCCCCCCUCCUUUUCAGUGUAGAUAGCAGAUUUCUGUUCCAGUGGUUGUCAAGGAGGUGUCCCACAGAAAAACGUUCAUGGUGUGGGGAGUAGAAAAACGGGAGCACUGAUGAGCACUUAGGCACUUCUUGUACAAUAAUGGCUGUUGUACUUAUUAAAGAAAAAGCUUUU